AUGGACUCUGAUGCAACUGAAAGAUUUGUACCUGAAUAUCGUCGUACUAACUUCAAGAAUAAAUCUCGUUUUCAAAGUGAUGAAUUAAGAAGAAGAAGAGAAAAUCAUCAAGUUGAUUUAAGAAAACAAAAAAGAGAAGAAGUAUUAGCUAAAAGAAGAAAUUUUCAACAUGAAAAUAAUGAUUCAGAAGAUGAAGAAGAAUUUAAUUCAAAUAUAAAUAAUGAUGAAAGUCAAUUUUAUAAUAAAUUAAGACAAGAUUUACCAAAAAUGAUUGAAAUGAUUCAAGCUCAAGAUUUUGAUUCUCAAUUAGCUGCUACAGUUAAAUUUCGUCAAAUUUUAUCAAGAGAACAUAAUCCUCCAAUUGAUUUAGUUAUACAAUCUGGAGUUAUUCCUACAUUAGUUGAAUUUAUGAAAGAUGAUCAUCCUGAUAUGUUACAAUUAGAAGCUGCUUGGGCUUUAACAAAUAUUGCUUCAGGAAAUUCAGCUCAAACAAGAAUUGUAGUUGAUGCUAACGCUGUUCCUUUAUUUGUUAAUUUAUUAUAUUCUCAAAGUUUAGAAGUUAAAGAACAAGCUAUAUGGGCUUUAGGUAAUGUAGCUGGUGAUUCUGCUGAUAAUAGAGAUUAUGUUUUAAAUUGUGGAGCUAUGGAACCAGUUUUAAAUUUAUUUAAUUGUACUAAAAUGUCAUUAAUAAGAACUGCUACUUGGACUUUAUCAAAUUUAUGUAGAGGUAAAGCACCUCAACCAGAUUGGAAUAUAGUUUCACAAGCUAUUCCAACUUUAUCUAAAUUAAUUUAUUCAGUUGAUUCAGAAACUUUAGUUGAUGCUUGUUGGGCUGUUUCAUAUUUAUCUGAUGGUACUUCAGAAGCUAUUCAAGCAGUUGUUGAUGCAAGAAUUCCUCAUCGUCUUGUUGAAUUAUUAAAUCAUGAAUCAACAUUAGUUCAAACACCAUCAUUAAGAGCUAUUGGUAAUAUAGUUACUGGAUCAGAUUUACAAACUCAAAUAGUCAUAAAUGCAGGAGUUUUAACUGCUUUAGCUCCAUUAUUAAAUUCUCCAAAAGAUACUAUUAGAAAAGAAGCAUGUUGGACAAUUUCAAAUAUAACUGCAGGUACAUCUGAUCAAAUCCAAGCUGUAAUAGAUGCCAAUUUAAUUCCUCAGGUGAUAAGAUUAUUAAUUCAUGGUGAUUAUAAAACUAAGAAAGAAGCAUGUUGGGCUAUUUCAAAUGCUUCAUCAGGUGGUUUAAGUAGACCAGAACAAAUAAGAUAUUUAGUAAGUCAAGGAUGUAUUAAACCAUUAUGUGAUUUAUUAUCAGUUGCAGAUUCUAAAAUUAUUGAAGUAACAUUAGAUUCAUUAGAAAAUAUAUUAAAAAUGGGAGAAAUGGAUAAAGAAGCAAAUAAUACAUCAGUAAAUGAAAAUGCACUUUAUAUUGAAGAAGCUGGUGGAAUGGAAAAAAUUUUUGAAUGUCAAAAUAAUGAAAAUGAAAAAAUAUAUCAAAAAGCUUAUAAUAUAAUUGAAAAAUAUUUUAGUGAUGAAGAUGAUCAACAAAUUGAUGAUGAAAAUAUUGUACCUGAAACUUAUGGAAAUUCAUUUGGAUUUGGUAUGAAUGAUGAUGGUUCACAACAACAACAAAAUUUUCAAUUUUAA